UCGGCGGUUAAUUGGGAUGGUGUAAGCUAGCCAAGUAGUUGAGAUAGACAAGGAAAAAUAGAUUCAAUGUUCAUCUACGUAGCGUACAAAGAUGCGCCUGAGCUGUCCCACUUACGACGUCGGUCUUCAGAACCAGACGUGUCUCUAGAAAGGACGUUGCUGGUUAACCCUAACUGUCCUGUCCGGAUAAUGCUGGAGUAUAUCAGGAAGAAGUGCCGAUUGGGUACGUUUACGCAGUUCGACCUAUGUGACGAAAGUGGGGGGUUAAUGGGGCUGUUCAAUAUGCCCACGUAUGCUUAUGCCACGGACCAGUUCGAGCACAAGAGGACGUACUACAUCAUUGUGGUAAAGACGGAGGCAGACAAACGCCUAUCAGUCCUACCCCAACUGAACCACGAGAACCGAAUCUACAUAGACCUGAAGAACCGCGUGAAGAAGUUCCUGGCUACCGGCGACGUGAGCCCUCAGGCCACCCCUCCUGGGAAGGUCACCCCUCCCCCCGCGCCAGCUAAGUCGGUCAUGAAGAAGAAGUGA